UAACAGUUGAGGGCGGGGCUAAAGACUAGGGUGGCCUGAUAAAUGAGUGGACUCUGAAGACCAGGGCCAUGGACACACAAAAUUUAGAGAACGCAGCUGUAAAGAUUCAGUCAUGGUGGCGUGGCAACAUGGUGCGCCGGACGUUACUGCACACAGCACUCAGGGCCUGGGUCAUCCAGUGCUGGUGGAGGUCGAUGCAGGCCAAGAUGCUGGAGCAGAGACGGCGCCUGGCACUAAGACUCUACACCUGCCAGGAGUGGGCAGUGGUGAAAGUGCAGGCACAGGUUCGGAUGUGGCAGGCUCGCAGACGAUUUCUUCAGGCACGCCAAGCGGCCUGCAUCAUCCAGUCUCACUGGCGCUGGCAUACCAGUCAAACCCGGGGUCUGAUCCGGGGCCGCUAUGAGGUCAAAGCCAGCCGGCUGGAACUUGACAUCGAAAUUCUCUUGACCUAGGGCACUAGUAGAGCCAAGGAGACUGGAUCUCUUUUCCAAUAAAGACACUUAACUGAG